AGCUGCAGGCUCCCUGUUGCGCACUUGGCGGAACGUACAGCCACAGAUCGCGGCGCUCCACGCGUGGACUGAACCGAAAAUGACCUUCCCACGCCGAUUUUUACGCACAGCUCUGUGAAUGGAUUCUUAUCGAUCCGCUUAGAUGACAGGAGAUCAACAGGGCCAACGCGUCUGAGCGCGCAGAGACUUUACGCAUCCCCGGAGCGCAGCGGGACAGUCGAGCCUCUUGCGUGUUUACCUGCUGCGGCUUUUCUGGGACAUUCUGGGCGGGUUCUGAAAGACUAUCGGCAGCAGAGUCUGGAGCUGUGAGCUGCCUCAGUCGGUCUGAGAGGCUCGGCGGUGCCAUGAAGAGCUGAGGCAGGCAGCCGCCCCAUGCGUGUCCAUCCGCACAGCGGAGAGCUGCAGGCAUCGCUGUCGUGUUUGUGCUGCGUUUGAAGCACCGUGGGAAAGCCGAGCAGCAUGGUGCAACCGUCGCUGUGCUUCCUGGGGGGCCUUUUGGGCCUGUUUCUGAUGGCUCCCGUUCUGAUGGCCUCCACGCCCGCCAGCAUGUGCACGCCCCUCAAGACGCUCAACGACAGCCUGAGCCACAGGCGACGGUACAUGAAGCACAACUUUCCAAUCAACUACUUCAUCCGAGUUCAUCACGAGGAAAUCUUUAAGCUGUCAAAUAUCAGCAAAAUGAAAUUAAAGGUGGAAGGACUGGAUGAGCUGGUUCUCCAGAGGCUGUGGUUUCAAGUCAACCAAGGCGUCUUAAAAAAGAUCAUCCGGGUAUUGCCGGAGAGGCAUCCUUCGCGUCCGUACACGGCGGAGCUGGAGAGACGGUUCAGGGAUGCUGAGGGAGUCUUUGUUCAGUCGCAUCCUCCUGAGGUGUUCCAGCGGGAGCUUCCAGAGACGAUCCAAGACAUUUGGGAUCAGUUAACGGAGGAGCCCGACAGGGUGCCGGAGUCCAGCUGGAGGUUCGCGUCUCCAAAAUCCCUGGUGGAUAACUUGUGCCACACCAUGUGCUGCCUUUUCUGGGAGUGCUUUUCCGGCACAGAAUCUUCUCAGGACUACUGUGAAGCCUCCCAUUCAAAGAAAGGCAGAAAAACGCCGAGCCCAGAACUGGAGACGAGGCCCACGGAGCCUGCAGAGUGGUGAUUUCCACGCUGAUGCCGCCCAGAGACUCCAGUGAUUCACAGUAAAACCCAUUUCAACAAGUAAUUUCCAAAAAGAGCCAAGAUCAUUGUACAGACUUGAAAACCUCGGCACCAUGCAGCGGUGAGAACAUGUUGGCAUAGCGACGCCACCUGUGCUUCAUUUGGUAGCGUACGGACUUCCCAUGUAGCCGAAAUGCGGCUCAGCUCUGAGAGGAACCUUCAGGACUUCAGCUUUGACGCCGGACCUUUUCCUUCAGGACGUCUCCUGCUUCUGGUAACUCAUCCAUCAGAUGUGUUCAUGUUUUCUUAUGUUAAUAACGAUGAUGAAUGCAUUGUUUUCUGAGAUGGAUUCUUUGGGAAGGAACUUCUCAUCGAGAGGCUAACAGAAAGAGACAGACUUUGUACCACAGCCAAACAUCCCGAUAUAACAUGUUAUUUAAAAACAAAUGUUUUACAGCUGUGCUACAGGCCCGGAUUGCAUAAUCAAAGAGCUGUCCAAAAAAGUAUGUUCAUUUUCAUUCGCUGCUUUAUGUAUUUAUGUUUUUUUUAUCUUGUGUAAAAAAGAAAAAAAGGAAGAAAAACGAA